AUGCCUCCAAAGAAACAAAAUCAGCAGUCUGAGAAGUCGAAGCAGAAAGACAAACAAAAGAUUGUCGAAGACAAAACUUUUGGUUUAAAGAACAAGAAAAAGUCGGCAAAAGUACAACAGCAAAUUAAGCAGAUAGAAAAUCAAGUGAUGCAAGCAGGAAAUAGAAAGGCUCAGCAAGCUCUUGCUAAUAAAAAACUUGCCGAACAAAAAAAAAAGGAAGAACUUGCUGAACUCUUUAAACCAGUUCAAGUACAAAAGGUGCCAUUCGGUGUGGAUUCUAAGACAGUUCUGUGUCAGUUUUUCAAAGUCGGACAAUGUCAAAAGGGUGAUAAGUGUAAAUUUUCUCAUGAUCUGAAUGUGGAAAGGAAAAGUUCGAAAAUUGACUUAUACACGGAUUCAAGACUCGACGAGGAAAGGAGGAACGACACAAUGGAGAAGUGGGAUCAAGCGAAGCUUGAGCAGGUUGUUACUUCAAAACACGGGAAUCCUAAAACUACCACAGACAUUGUGUGUAAGUACUUUUUAGAAGCCAUCGAGAAUCAAAAAUAUGGUUGGUUCUGGGAAUGUCCAAACGAGGGAAAGAAAUGCAAAUACAGGCAUGCUCUCCCGCCGGGAUUCGUGUUGAAAAGUAAAGCACAAAAGAAAGCUGAAGAGGAGGAAACAAACCAAAUUACUCUCGAGGAAUUCCUGGAAACUGAGCGUCAUAAAUUGGGACCAAACCUCACCCCUGUUACCCUUGAGAGUUUUACCGAGUGGAAAAAGAACCGUAAGUCCAAGAUUGAAGCCGAGGAGGAACUUAAAAGGGCUGCUAAGGAAGCCGCUUUCAAGGCUGGUAAAUCUCAGGGCAUGUCAGGUCGUGAUCUCUUCACAUUCAAUCCAGACCUUAUAAACCAGGAUAAAUAUGAUGACGACGAUGAUGAUGUUUUCGAUUUAUCUGGAUAUAAACGUGACGAGGAUGAGGAUUACCAGGAGAAUGACAAAAUCGAUGAAAACGUGGUGGUUCGUGACCAAGGAAAUGGUCAAGAUAGCUCGAUCUCUGAAAAUCCCUACGGAGAGGGAAGCAGUGGUAUUAGCCAAGAGACCUCGGAUAAAAUGGACAAUUGUAAUGUUCCCUCUCUGCUUGUUGCUGACG